CCUUCAAUAGUACUAAUAUUUCCUAUUCAGUCUCAUUUCCUCUUCCUGUUUCUCUUUCAUCUGAGAAGUGAGAAACGCUAUCCUUUUCUUCUCCCAACCAAAGCAAAUUGAUCCACCACCGCCGGUGAGCCGCGAUCACUCUCCUCCUUCUCCAUCCAUCACCGCCGCCGCGAUUACUCUCCUCCUUCUUCAGUUUAGAAAGCUAUCUCCAUCUCUCUCCACAAACCCUAAUUGUUGUAACUUGUAAGAUAAAUUGGAGCAAGAAGAUAGCUAUGCGGUUGUAGCUUAAUGUUGCAGUAUAUUUAAUGUCGGGAGUGAGGCAGGGGUAUGCUUGCUCUGUGCUAGUAUAUACUUCGGCCUCAUGUUUGAUGCCAUUGUUGGUUUUGGGUUUUCUCGGUGAAUUGGUGUUACGUAUUUAGGCGGCACCUCUUUGUAUUUUUUCCCGUUUUUUCCACAAGUUUUUUUAAUAGCAGCCACCCCAAACUUUUUUGUCUGGCUCUGCCACUGAAUGUGCAGCAGAGAAAUCUGUAGCAGCAAGUAGUCCAAAAGGUCAAAACUUGCAUUAUAAUCAAAAGAAACAAACUACAUACAUAAACAUUCAUUUAAUCAAACAGUUUAUGUGCAACCGAAGAAGAAGGUGAAAUUACCAGUUAGGUGAGAAUUGAGCUAAAAAAAUCAGUGAGUGAGGGAGGGCAUAGAAUUCGAGGAAGAAAGAAUAUAAACAGAGAAGGCAGAUAGUUUAUUAUGGUUUUAUUAAAUUUAUAUGAUAUUAUUAAUGACGUGGCAGAAUCUUAAAAUUUGAUUGGUUGGUAGUGUAAUGUUUGACUUACACUGUCAGUGCACUACCUUUAAAUUAAAGGACGAGGGAGCGAGUUACAGUUACUAUCAAUCAAAACCCGCAGUGAAAUAAUCUGAGAAGAAUGAGCAAAAGAGCCGCACCUGAUCCUGUGGCAGUUCUACGUGGCCACCGUGCUUCCGUCACUGAUAUUUGUUUUCAUCCCUCUAAGCCUAUCUUAUUCUCCGGUUCCGCUGACGGUGAACUGCGAAUUUGGGAUACAUUUCGCCGUCAAACUCUUUCAUCAGCAUGGUUACAUAGUGCUGCACAUGGGAUUCUUGCUCUUGCCAGUAGUUCUUCACUUGGGACUAAUAAAUUUGUCAGCCAGGGUAGAGAUGGAACUGUGAAAGUUUGGGAUUUUGAUGAUACUGGUUUGUCCAGGAUUCCAUCCGUUACAAUCAAGACAAACAGUUACCACUUUUGUAAAUUUUCCUUGGCUAAGAAUCAGAGUACCGGUUCAAAAGCAGGGGAAGCAUCAAAAGAUUGCCUUGAAACAGAAGAGGUUCAUACCAAUCAAAGUUGUUCUGAAAGCUCUGAAGGGCUAUCAUAUGUGGCUUUGUCGGGGGAGAACUCUUCUGAGGUUGAAAUUUGGGAUCUCAAGUCAGCUGAAAGAUUUGCACGUCUCCCUUCAAGUAUUGGUAGUAACUCUUCAAGUGUUAGCAGCAAAGGCAUGUGCAUGGCACUUCAAUUGUGUGUACCAUCUGAAUCACAAGGAUUUUUAAAUGUCAUGGCUGGAUAUGAAGAUGGAACUAUGCUUUGGUGGGAUGUACGGAAUCCUGGAGUUCCAGUAAGUUCUGUGAAAUUCCAUUCUGAGCCAGUUCUGAGCAUUGGUAUUGACGGGUCUUGCAAAGGGGGCAUCUCGGGAGCUGCAGAUGAGAGGAUUGUGAUGUACAGCUUGGAUCAUUCUUCGUUGAAGGCUCGAUAUAAUUGGAGUCGAUCUAACUGGUCAUUGACUUCAUACAUAAAGAUGAAUAGUUGAUGUUCAGUUCACUAUUGUAAGACAAAACUUUGAUACCACUUCAAGAAUACUCGAGGUGAAAGCCAUUAAUCUGAAUAACAAAAGGAAGCUUUCGCUGGAGUGUUUACCCAUAAUGAUAACAGGCUGUUUUCUCCGUUCAAAUGUUCAAAAUUUGUGUAAAUAAACAGAGAUCAAGAUUUAUUAAGUAAACUAAGGUAUUAUAAACACAUCUUGAAUCAUGUAUUGAUUUGCCAUUGCAGUAGUGAGUUCGUAUGUCUAAUACCAGAGUAGCUACUAAGUGGCAGGUUGCAUAACAAGAAAUGCAAGCUUGCUUAAUUGUAUCUUUAGAGUCUUGAUUAUUUUCUAAUUUAUGAUGAUUUUUCAGUCUGCUACUCAAUACUUGCUACGUUUUUUUUAACUGCUUAUUUAUACCUUUUCAUAUCUGUGUAUCUUUUUUA